AUGAGUGGCUCGUGUAGCAGCUACCUGAACGCCGCCAAGGAGCUGGUGAGUGGCUUCAGCUGCCCGGGACCGGGAGGCGAGGCGGCCGCUGUCUACUGCUGCGGCUUCCAGGACCACCGCUACUGCUGCAGCGACCCUCACAGCUUCUUCCCCUACGAACACCGUUACAUGUGGUGGCUCAGCAUCGGUGCCCUGGUAGGCCUGUCCGUAGCGGCUGUGGUCCUCCUGGCUUUCGUCAUCACUGUCUGCGUACUUUGUUACCUCUUCAUCAACUCCAAGCCCCCUGCCAAGCUGGACACAGGCUUAAGCUUACAGGCAGCAGACCCAGACCCCCCAUCUUUGGAAGAGGCCAACCAGAGUGGUGUGGAAGCUGUGGGGCCCAACAGCCUUCGAAGGCAUUUCUUGAACCCCCGACUAGACUGUGACCCGCAGGCCCCAAACCCUGACCGGCUCUUUCAGAGAUGCUUCAUUGCUACAGUGACCACUACAGAUGCCCAGGGCCUCCCCUGAGGCCUGCUCAGAGGGUGCUAUGUCCCCUCUCCUCACUGCCCCCCCACAAUAGCUUCUACGCUGCCAACCCUGCCCAAGGUCUACUGCUGGGCCAUGGCCUCUGCUGGCCAGGUACAUCCACCCCACUUGUUACCACUGUGGUUCCAAUGAACUCUCCUGUUUGUCCAUGUGUCCUCAUGGGUGAAUUUGCCUAUGGGCUGCCCCAGCUGGGAGACUCUCCUGUCUGAUCCCAAGGCAAAAUUGUGCUGCCCCGUCUCACAGAACCACUGAAUGUCAGAGUUGGAAGGGGUCGCGCUGGUCCACAUGUAGCCUUAACCAUACCUAUAAAGGAAUUCCUCUUACAGCCCAUCUAUCAAGUGCUUGUCCAUCUCCUCCCAGCUAAUAAACACAUCAUUAUAUUAUGUUACAGUUUACAAAACCCUUUGCUUCCAUUUCAACCUCAUAGCAACCUGUUAAGAUUUGCAAAGUGCGUUAUAAAUAUUAUCUCAU